AUGAAUAAUCCCGCUCAAGACUGUUUGAAGUGUAAAGAAUGCGAAUUUAUUCUAGUGAAAGAAAGCGAUUAUAUAGGAGAUUGGAGUGGAAUGUGAUUUUACUCAACGCUUAAUAAUCAUAUAGUUGGAAGUGAGAGAGUGGCUGAAGAUAAUUGUGUUGUAAAAUUAAUAUACUGCUCUCAGUGUGGCGAGCAAAUCGGGCAUCAAUAUAAAGCAUGCACUCAAAAAUUAUGGGAAUUGGAAGGACUUUUUGGAAUAAGGUAUGAUAAAGCAGUUGGGAAAGCAACUAUAAGUGAAAAAAUUGUAAUUUUGAGAAAUCUAUACGCCACAACAAGAGAGACUUUUAUUAAUAGUGAAGAACAAUUGAGUAAAUAUGAAAACACUAUUGAAAAAAUGAUAAAAAUAUGCCAAGUAAUAAGUAAACGACUUGAAUAG